AUGAAGACUGAUAGUACGUGGGGUAGGAUAGAGGCUGCCUCUGUUAGAUUAGUUGUCUUGAAUUUUGGGUAUGAUUAUCUUUUUGUCCCUCCGGGGUCUUACGAUAAUAAUGAUUAUGUUUUUGGCUACAUUUCAACUAUCUCUAGUGAUAACUUAAUCGACUGUGACCAUUCUAGCUUCGAUGUUGAUUCCCAUAACAAUCCUCAAAUCAUGCUUGAGUCCGGUGAACUUGCUAAGAAGGCCGAGGAAGACAUCGACAACACCACUUACAAUAGCACUGAGAGCAAGGAACCAAUCCUCGAGUGCCACGACAACGUUAAGGACUCCCACUCAGUGUACACCCUACAAGCUCUGUAUGGGUCCAAGGCCGUACUACCAUUAGAGGUUCAGAAGCCGUCUCUUGGAAUCGCCGUCAUCAAUCAACUUACAACAGAAACAUGUGCAAAACUUAGACUUGAAGAACUGGAAAGUUUCGAAGAAAAAUGGCUAGAAGCACAGCAACAUCUGGAGCUUUACCAGGCGAAGAUGAUACAAGCCCAUGAGAAAUUGGUCCUCCUAAGGACAUUUAAAAUCUGUUAUUUCAUUCUUGUUCUCAAAAGACCUAUUCUUGCAUGCCGUAAGAUAGUUAUAAAAUUUGAACCAACUUGGGAAGGACCAUUUGUCGUAGAAAAAGUCUACUCAAGAGGAGCCUACCAGCUGGUAGAUUUCCAGGGUGAAAGACCCAUGUUUCCGAUCAAUUGA